AUGUCUUUAUCUGAACGCAUGCAAUGGCAACCUCCAAAGCCCAACUCCACUCUAGAGAACUUUGAAAGGCGGUGUCGCGUUGCGAAAGCACAACCGUUCCUUGAUGAGAAACCAAUGAACGAUACUGCGGCCGCUUGUGCAUGGGAAAAUUUCCGCCGGCCUCUACUGGGGCGUUUCACGCGCCACGGAAGAAUAGGUUUCAUCAAAUUGCUCGGAUACGGGCAAGAUGGAAUCGUUUGGAAAGUCGGCAUUGACAGCCAAACAUAUGCGCUCAAAGUGUUCUGGGACAACCAACCGCCAGAAGGUACACGAUACUGGGCGUUCCAACGGGAAUGCCAAAACGCGUCGCUCCUCGCGAAGAUGCGAUUCGCGAUCGACAAUUCCUCCGACCCUGUCUGGUUGAACCCAAACCCGACAACAUUCCACGAUGCAGCCUCCAAUCUCCACGCGUUCUCCAACGAGGGCCGCAGUCGACAACUGUACCGAAAGCUGCUGGGCGCAGUGGAAUACAGUACCGCACCUCGUCUAAGGGAAUGCUAUGGUUGGACAUCGAUGAGCGGCAAGGAGCUUUGUACAAUGCCUUCAAUCCUGCAUCCUCCCGAAGUAAGAACUGGAGACGAAGUGCGCAAGAUUUCGCCGACUGAAGAGUACCACGCCAUUGUGUACGAAUAUGUGCCUAGCAGAGACGUAGGUCUGGAUGUCGACGUCGUGCAAGCGCAGCUGGAUUUCCUUUGGCUGGGUGGAUGGUGCUUGGUGCCGUUGCAGUCAGCGAAUUGGGGAGGUGUCGGCAUCUUGCUCGAUAUGGGAGAUCCUAUAUGCCUUUGGCAUGCUGGAUGGUUCAAAAGUCGAUACAAGCGAAGCCCAAAGCAAUUCAUCCGUAGCUCAAUAGAUACUACCAGAGAUGCGUGA